UAAAUUGAAAUGUGAAUAUUUCAGACAGAUACAAAAUGGAGAGUUACAACAACUAUGAUUAUGGAAAUGGAGGACUUUUCUUCUCUAAUAUGUCAACAGGUCUUGGCUUAGGUGGUAUAGGUAAUCUUGACCGAUUAACACCGGGUCCGAAACAUUACGACAUUUUUAACUCCUUCAAUCUUCCCAAAGUUACAAACGACGACAUAUUCCUUUCUGAUGAUGAAGAGAACUGCCCUAAGCCCCGCCUUCCCCUCUUCUCCCGAUGCCCUCUCACCAACCGAGCACAACUGGAACCGCCCACCUCCACUUAUGGCGGGAAAAUGAAGUCCAUGCCACUGAGUCCCCUGAAGAAUCUGACUAUCGGGACCAGUCCCAUAAAGAACCGUGGGUCCCCCUUCAAGUCCCGGAAUUAUGAUAUUCUGGGACACAGUCCGAGGAUUCCUCUGCUAAAUCUGGCAAAUCAAGCAAAUAGGUAA